UUUGAUUGAGUAAAACGAGUAGUUUAAUUUGGAGUUGCUCACUUACGUUUGAUAAGUCAGUCUGGCUCGGAAAGUGUAGUCGCCUGGGGUUGGUGCACAGCACGCGCCUAGACCGGGAACGCGCAUUUGCAGGAGUCUUCUCCAGUGGUGCGCGCUUCGACAGACAGUUUGACGUGCGUCUUCUCCAAGUUGGGAGUGCGACAUCCUCUGCAACGUUAAUUACUCUUACUGAAACGCAAAAAAAGUUCAGACGGUUCAUCAUGGGAAACCAACUAAACAGGCGAGGAGCCUCAUCCAACAGUGUUGAAACUGCUGACACUGAACAGGAGCCUGCACAACCAGGAGAGGACUCCGGGCUAACAUUGAGUCAGGAGGCCAUUAGAGCAGAGAAUCUAGAUGUGGUGAUGGUGGAGCCAGUAACACUAAUGGCAUGUUUACCCACUGAAGAAUGUGUCUCAGAGUGUCAAGUGACAGAGACUCCUGCUGCCUUGGACCCAUUAACUGAACCAGAGCCUGUGGCAAAGAAAACCCCAGCUCCAGUCCAACCUGAGCCUCUGGUCAGCCAACCAUCACCUCCAGAAUCCGAUCCAAAACCUGUUGCUAAAGCUCAGUUGGCUUUAGAGUCAGUUCCCGAACCAGAGCCAGUUCCUGAACCAGAGUUAGUUCCAGAACCAGAGCCAGUGCCUGAACCAGAGCUUGUUCUCGAACCAGAGUCAGUUCCCAAACCAGAGUCACUUCCCGAACCAGAGCUAGUUCCUGAACCAGUGCCUGAACCAGAGUCAGUUUCCGAACCAGAGGCAGAAGUUGAGACAGACCCUGAACCCAUCGUAGAGUCAGUAAAAGCCCCAGCUGAGGUUCUGGAGGAGAAGACAGACCUGCUUAGUCAAGAGUCUCUCCCUGAACCAGUGAUUUCUUCACCCCCAUUAAUCGAUCUGGGUGUCCCUGACAUAACUCCCCAACCUAUUGACAUUCCGGUUUGCAUCACUGCCCCAGUCCAUGCAGACAAGCCCUCAAACAUCCCGGUGACCAAAGAAUGCCAACAGAGUGCUGAGGUUAAAGAAAGUGAGAACACAUCGGAACCUCUGGAAAAGCUGAUGGGAGUGGAGGCUGCAGGGAAUUUGGAGCAGCUUGUGAGCAACAUCAACGAGGAAAGUGUUUGUGGACUGCUGAAGAACUUAGAGCUGAAAGGAAAUGACCUGGCCGAAGACCUCAUUCCCACUGAUGUCGAGAUCCCUGAUUCCAUGAGCACUUGCACUGAGCUGAUGUGAAACCACGGAAAAGAAUUCAUUAAAUAAGUGAAUGGAUAUUUGUCUAUGAAACCCUCUUUAACAAUUUCAUGACUUCUGAAAGAAUCACAGAUGCAGUGUUUUUACAACUUACUUUAGUGGCCUUAUAAAGGUAAAAAGGUAUUUCUCUUUCUAAAUAAACCAGAUGUGCCAAAAGGUGUUUUGUUGGGGCUUUAACACCACAGGGGUUAUUAUCAGUGUACUUUUGUGUAUUGCUGGGCAAUAGUUAUCUUUCUCUAUGCAAGUGCACCAUGAAAGAAUUUAAAUGCAUUUCUUUGAGUGGAAAAUCAAGCCAUUGCUAUUUAUAACGCCUGACAAAAAAAAAGGUUGAAGGCAUGUUGAUCAAGAACAAAGUGAAAAGCAGAGGAUAUGUGCAUCAAGUUCAUGCAAAACAAUAGGCAAGGGACAACAGCAAUGCAACCAAGAUGGAGACAGUAUGUGCAUACCGCUUUAUAGCAGAAUACAAGUGUCCAAUAAACAUUUAUGACUUAACAUAA